CCCCGGUUCCUUUUUUUCCUCUGCUCAAAUUAUACUCUCGGGAGUUGGCUCUCUUUUAUUUCAGGAUUACCUUGCUUUUUUGAAGUCUUGAGAAGAGAUUGUCUUGUCAAAAUAGUCUCCAUGAUGAAUGCAGCAAGAAGUGGAUAUCCUUUUACUGCAACUCAAUGGCAAGAACUUGAACAUCAAGCUCUUAUUUACAAGUAUAUGGUCUCUGGAAUGCCUGUCCCUCCUGAUCUUCUCUACACUAUCAGAAGGAGCUUGGAUUCUUCUUCCCUCUCCUCAAAGUUCAUCCUCCAACAACCCCAACAUGUUGGAUGGAACUGUAUUCAGUUGGGGUUUGGGAAGAAAAUGGAUCCAGAGCCAGGGAGGUGUAGAAGAACAGAUGGAAAGAAAUGGAGGUGUUCAAAAGAAGCCUAUGCAGAUUCUAAGUACUGUGAAAGACACAUGCACAGAGGCAGAAACCGUUCAAGAAAGCCUGUGGAAGUUAUGACAACAUCAACAACAAGAACUACUACUACUAAUACACCCCCAACAGCAAUACCAAUCUCAUCAAUCAAGAAAAACUCAAAUUAUAGCCCCACUUCUUUAUCUUGUCUAACAUCAUCUGAACCCCACUAUCCACAUUCUUCUUCCAUUGGUUUCUCAUCUCAUGACCAUACCAAGUUCCUUUUUGAUUCUUGUCCUUAUUCCAGAAAUAGUUAUGGUCAUGGGAUGAAGGAGGAAGCUGAUAAGCAUGUUUUCUACUCAGAUUCAAGUGGGACAUUGAGAAAUUCAUCUGGUUCUAGUUCAAUACUAGAUGAUAGUUGGCAACUGACAAUGGGUUCACCACUUGGCCAUUUGAAACAGAGGACUUACUCUGUCUCACAACAACUUCAAAGCCUUAAUGAAUCACAAGAAAGACAAGAUCAGUACCACUAUAAUUAUGCACUAGGAAAUGAUGUCAAGAGUACUGACAUGCCUGUGAGAAUAGAUACAGAAGAACCCAAGAAAGUAAUGCACCAUUUCUUUGACGAAUUGCCACCUCAAGACAACAAACACUCAUGGCUUCAUUCUGGGGAUGGGCCACUUUCCAAAACUCACCUCUCAAUUUCAGUACCCAAUUCCUCACCUGACUUCUUCAUCACCCAUAAUGGGAAAUAAAUUUUGUGGAGCAAAGGCCAAAAGAGUACUUAAAUGCUGGUGGGCCGAUGCUUCCGAUCUAAGCAUUCCGCAUACAUAGUAGGGCUUUGGUCCCGUUAUAAGAGCACAACAUUGUGAUGUGUAAGUUAGGCGUAUAUUAUGAGUUUGAAUCCGUGACAAACCAAAGCCUGGUAUUUAAGUAGGGCAUAAUGCAGACGUAGGUUCAUUAUGGACUAAAUUUUAAAUCAUGCACCAACUAGCCCUCAAAAUUUCUUGGUAUAUUUUCCUUUUGUUUUGUUUUGUUUGUUUAUGCAAGAGUGUGGGGCUUGCAGUCUAGUACUUGAAUUAGAAGUAGGCAGUGGUCACAUGUAUUUUGGUGUUCUGCACUGUAUUCUUUCCUUAUUAGCACUAUUUUGUUUUAUUGUUUGAAUGGCUGAGCCAGGUUUGCCACAUUCAUUAAGGGAUGACAUCUUGAACAUUGGGGUUUUCUGUGGUUGCUUUCAGUGACCACUUUAAUUUGUUGCUUACUAAGUAUUAAACUAAUGGACCCUGUUGAUAUUUUGGAUGCUAUGUUUUGCAUAACAUAAACCCUAAUCACACAUUUGGCUUGUUUCAUUCUA